AUGCAGCAGACGCCUGGAUAUUUUCGUCUCUUCCUACCGUUGUGGGAACUUGUCAUCGGCCAACCCGGACAGUGGGCAGGGGUGGACAUAAAGCUGUUCAAUGACUUCGUCUUCAUGUUCCCCCUGAAGCUUAACCACCGCCAGCUCGACCAGAUCUUGGAUGUGUGUGGGAAUGGAGUCUCUACCUUGGUUGGAUUGAUCCAGACCCAUCUGGCGUUGGUUGGCGCUCUCCAAUCCCGAUCCACUAUGCAUUUCAUUUACUGCUCCAGACCACUCAAGCUGGCUCUCCUCGUCAGCGAGGUACUCAGGAGUGCGAGCCCAAAUGGGCUCAUGGUCCUUGCGGAAUGCCUCGCAUCUCAUCAUGCUUUCAAGGAGGUGACCCUGCUGAACCUACUGAAAGGCACUCUCGGCCCUCUACCUGAUGUCUCUCAGUCCGACCAUCCAGGACACGAGUUCUGGCACUCCACGCUUCGAUACUCUCUCGAUCUCAUACUUAUAACAGUUUCAACGAGUCCCCAUGCGCUCUGCAAGGCACUCAAGUCCAACAUUAUUCCCCAAAAUUUUCAUUCGGCGCAGUUCCUACCAGAUGAACACCUUCUGCUGUGCCUCACGGAGUUCAUCAAAACGCAACUGCCAGCCGGCCUCUGCUUCCCAUCGAUUUUGCUGCUUAUCACCCAGUCCAUCAAAGCAAUCGCCACUUUGCCACUGGAGAACACUCCUGACGCAAGACUGAAUGAAAUCUGGGACAAUUUCAAGAGGAGUGUGGCUUACCAAGAACAGAUUCUCUUUGCCUUGAAAUACAAGCCUCCCUUCCUUCGACUGUCUGCCUGUGAUGACCCACCGGUAAGCCUCUUCCCCGACAAUAGACCUGUUUUGCUGAUUGUGUUAUUUACCUGCAGUGCGGCUGCAUCGACAACCGUGCAAUCUUCCGCCGGUGCUCUUCCUGUCACAUCCGAAUCUACUGCUCUCUUGCCUGCCAGAAAAGUGACUGGCGCGAAGGCCAACACCCAGAGCUCGCAUAGUGGUGUGGCCAAAUGGCGUGCGCCUGCCAAACGCCGGGCGUGCACGCCACUGAUGGCCAUAGCGUGGCGUGUAAUGGCGUGGGACACUCCCGAAAGGUUUUCUCUUUUCUUUGUCGCCGUGCACUCGACUCCUCCGUGUGCCGCACGUGCUGUAGUCAUUUCCCAUCGAUGUGCUUACAACGAUUCCGGUGACAUCGACCGGUGUGCUCCGGCCUCCCCAGCAUCUACCGGCGAUGCUGCCAUUGCUUCCCCACCUCCACUACGCAUCAGAUUCUCAUCUCCAACUUUUGAGAAACUGGGCUAUACUACAGCGGAAUUCCUUUUGACCCCCUUACAAUUCGGUAUUCCCAACUCCCGUCUGAGAUACUAUCUACUGGCCAAACGAUCCCCAUGUUCUUUUAAACACUCGGGUCAACUUGAAUCAGGGCCAUUGCACUUCAUCCCUGGUCGAGGGCAAGAGGAGCCUUGGGUGGAUGUGGGCGAAAUUCGAGAGUAUUUGGACGAAGAGAUUGAUGAGAAGUGUGUCAUUCCCGACAAAGUCUUACUCAAGUGGGGAAGGCUUUUCAACAUCGUCCUCCCCUCUUCUCAGCGGACGUGCUGCUUUACUCGGGGCUACACGCAACUCAUCGAAAGGGCUGGCUCUAUCCUGCAAUUGAACGAAGCACUCGACACAACGACCGUAUUCGACGCAUCCCUCGCACAAAGGUCUACCCACAACGAACCCGUUCGAACGCUCGAUCCACUUCGAUUGAGAUACUUUUCCCCCAACAAGUUACUCCGCCUCUUUGCGUUCUCUCCUCUUGAUACUCCACCCCGGUUUAUCUGGCCAACAACGAUUUCACGCAAGACCAAGUAUCGUCUGAUCGGCAACAGCGUCAAUGUUCGUGUGGUCCAAGAGCUGAUCCCGCAAGACAGACCUCUUCGUCUAUAA